AUGCAGGAAUAUCUGAUUCGGGUCGUGCAAGUGCACCCGAGUUUCCGCAAGGCGGAACUAGAGGCUCUGGCUACGUAUGCUGGCAUUGAGAUCGAGUUCGUUGCUUAUAGUGAAGAUUCCCCCUUCUGCAUUGUACGGCUCCCGUCCGACGAUGCCGCUCGCGCCCUGAUAUCCCGUUCGGUCUUGAGUGCAGCUAUCUACGAACUCUGGGGAAGUGGGAGCACGUACGAGGACUUGCAUACCUCAAUUACCGAACGCACGCAAUCAAGAUGGCCGGCAUACAAAAACGAUUCCUUCCGCUUCUCCGUCGAUUCUUUCCAGGGGAAACGCAGCAACUCGCAACAACGCGAAAUCAUUGACACGUUCCGGUACAUGGGCUUCGAGGGCCCGAUCCGCAUGAAGGAUCCAGACCUCCACCUGACCAUCUUCGAACAUUUCGAGAUGCACACGCCAGAGCCACACGCAAUCUACCUUGGCCGCCAUAUUGCAGACUCUGGACGCCGAGCAAUCGUCAAAUACGAUCUCAAGAAGCGUUGCUACAUCAGUACCACAAGCAUGGACUCGGAGCUUGCUCUCGUGAGCGCUAACAUGGCCCUCGCAGGGCCUGGAAAGCUGUUCUUCGACCCCUUUGCCGGCACCGGCAGUUUUCCUGUUGCUUGUGCGCAUUUUGGCGCUAUGGCGCUUGGUGCAGACAUCGACGGGCGGAGUAUCAGGGGAAAGGCAGGGAAGGACGUACUUAGCAACUUCAAGCAGUAUGGUCUGAUGGAUAAGUGUCUAGAUAACUGUAUCUCGGACCUCACGAACACGCCUUUGAGGAAGGCGAGGUGGCUUGAUGGUAUUAUCUGCGACCCGCCAUACGGCGUAAGAGAAGGUCUGAAGGUGCUAGGAAGAAAGGAUGAAGGAGGCAAGGAGGCCGUGAUCAUUGAUGGCCAAUAUGCGCAUCUACGCGAGGGCUUUAUCCCACCGAAGAAGCCCUACAGCUUCGAAGCCAUGCUGGACGACAUCAUGGAAUUCGCAACCGACAUGCUCGUCGACGAGGGCCGCCUAUCCAUGUGGAUGCCAACCGCAAACGAUGAAGACAUCGAGCUCGCCAUCCCGACACACCCCUACCUCGAAAUCAUCAGCGUCUGCAUCCAGCCUUUCAACAAGUGGUCUCGGCGCCUCUUGACGUAUCGCCGGAUCCCGGACGCGCUGGUGGACAAGACGGCAUCGUGGACGAAGCGGGAGUUUGGCAACGGCGUCCAUGCGGAUGAGCUCAACUCGUUCAGGAGAAGAUACUUCCAAGGCUUCAAGGGCGCAGACGAAGGCGAGGAUCCUUCAACGCCUGUAUCUGCGAGCGCGGCGAUCGACCAGGCGGCUGCGGACAAGAUCUCAGAGCUCAGCAUAUCGGAAGACGCCACACAGCCGUCAAAAUAA